AUGAUCCUGAUGCUCAACCACCCAAUACUCCCCAAACCUGCCCAGCAGGUGGAGGUGGGCAUCUCAAACACAGUUCUUACAAAAAGUCUGAUCACCACAACUUCCAGGAAACUGGACCGUGAACAACAAACAGAACACGUGUUAGAGGUGUUGGUGUCAGAUGGUGGUCCCAGUCCCAGGCAGAGUACAGUGUGGGUGAUGGUUCAGGUCCUGGAUGAAAACGACAACAAGCCCACAUUUCCCGAGAAGGUCUACCAGGUCAAACUUCCAGAACGAGAGCGGAGAAAGAAGGGCGAGCCCAUCUAUCGGGUGUUCGCCUACGACCGUGAUGAAGGGCCCAAUAGUGACCUCUCCUAUAGCAUCGUGGAUGGAAACGAGGACGGGAAGUUCUUCAUCGACCCCAAGACUGCAGUUGUAUCUUCACGCAAGGCCUUCAGUGCUGGGAGCUACGACAUCCUGACUAUCAAAGCAACAGACAACGGACGUCCUCAGAAAUCCUCCACAGCUCGCCUGCACAUCGAGUGGAUCCGCCACCCUCCUCCCUUUACUCUCCCGCUGCUUUUCGACGAGCCAUUCUUCAACUUCACCGUCAUGGAGAACGACAAGGUGGCCGAGAUUGUGGGCGUGGUGUCCCUGCAGCAGAGCUCCACCCCCUUGUGGUUUGACAUCACAGGUGGGAACAGCAACAGUGUGUUUGACGUAGAGAAGGCUGUGGGUACCAUCAUCAUUGCCAAACCUCUGGAUGCUGAGCAGCGCUCCUUCUACAACCUGACAGUUCAGGCCACGGACGGCACCAACACGGCAUACACACAGGUUCACAUCACUGUUAUGGACAACAACGACAAUGCUCCCAUCUUCUCCCAACCAACUUAUGAUGUCACCAUUUCUGAAGACACACCCCCUGACACUGAGGUAGUCCAGGUUCUGGCAUCAGACCGUGAUGAGCAUCACAAGCUGACCUACUCUGUGCAGAGUUCCAUAGAUCCCAGCAGCAUGCGUCUGUUUCGUAUCCACCCCACCCUGGGCACCAUCUACACUGCCCAGAGGCUAGACCAUGAGGCCUGCGCCCAGCACAUCCUCACUGUCAUUCAUCAGGACACCCUAGGCCACAGCUCGAUGAUUGACUUUGUAGUUGUGUCGUCAGACUUGCGGCCGCAUGUCUUGGACACUCGGGUGAAGAGAGAGGCGGAGCUGUCAACUGUUCACCAGUGGGGGAGGUUCAACUCCCACGCCCGGGAGAGCUUCAACCAUGUCCCGGGGGAGGCGGGGGACAUUAGGUUCGAGUGGGCCAUGUUCUGUGUCUCCGUUGCUGAGGCAGCCGACUGGUGCUGUGGCUGUAAGGUGGAUGGUGCCUGUUGGGGCGGCAACACCCAAACCCUUUGGUGGACAUCUGCGGAAUACUUCGAAGACCUCCUCAAUCCCAUUGACACACCUUCCAGUGAGGAAGCAGGGCCUGGGGACUCAGGGGUGGGCUCUUCCAUCUCUUGGGCUGAGGUUGCCGAGGUGGUCAAAAACCUCCACAGUGGCAGGGCCCCGGGGGUGGAUGAGGUGAAGGACCAAGAGUUCCCAUACAGAAAGAACUUGGCUCGUGUGCUAAUAGAAGUGGAGGAUAUAAAUGACCAUGUACCUAUCUUUACCAGUGCUCUGUAUGAAGGCUCAGUUUAUGAGUCAGCAGCAGUGGGAUCAGCUGUGGUCCAGGUGACUGCCCUGGACAAGGACAAAGGCGAAAAUGCAGAGCUACACUACUCCAUUGAAGCAGGGAACAAUGGAAAUGCAUUCCAUGUUGAGCCAGUUCUGGGUAUCAUCACUGUUGCACGUGACCUGGACUUGUCCAGCAUAGGCCAUUAUGUUCUAACCGUCAGAGUCACUGACAGCGGCUCCCCUCCCCUGUCCACCACUACUAUUGUGCGUAUUGCGGUCACUCUCUCUGACAAUGCUGGCCCAAAGUUCCCUCAGCCUGAGUACCUGGCUGAAAUCACAGAGAACGCUGUUGUUGGGACCUCCGUCACCACAGUCAGUGCAGUCAGCCAGUCCACCCUCACUUAUGAUAUCAAGCUGGGCAACUCAGAGCGUGUUUUUCAGAUAAAUCAGUACAGUGGAGUAAUUACUACUCAAAAGUCUUUAGACUAUGAGACUGCAGCAUCUUACACCUUGAUAGUCCAGGCUGUCAACAUGGCCGGCAUGGCCUCCAAUGCUACUCUGUUAAUCCAGGUUGUGGAUGAGAAUGAUAACCCACCUAUUUUUCAGCAGCUUCACUAUCAUGGCAGCAUCAGUGAAGCAGCACCAGUUAACAGUGUGGUCUUGAACUCAGAUAAUUCACCUCUUGUAAUCAAGGCUACUGAUGCUGACCGCAACCAAAAUGCUCUGUUGGUCUACCAGAUUGUUGAGGACACUGCAAAAAUGUUCUUCACAGUAGACUCAGGAACUGGCUCCAUCAGAACCAUUGCUAAUCUAGACCAUGAGACAUUUUCCACCUUCCACUUUCAUGUUCAUGUGAGGGACAAUGGCAAACCACAGCUGACAGCAGACAGUCCAACUGAGGUCACAAUACAAGUCAUUGACACAAAUGAUUCACCACCUUACUUCACCCAGAAUGCCUAUGAAACAGUUUUGCUACUCCCUACCUAUGUGGGAGUAGAAGCUUUGCAGGUUUCAGCUAUAGACCCUGACAAAGAUGCCACUACAGAGCUUACCUACUGUCUGACUGAUGGAGUGCUGGAGCACUUUGCCAUCAAACCUACUAGUGGAGUCAUCACAGUCAAACACAACAACUUCUCUAAAGAACGUUUCCGCUUCAGUGUCAAAGUUUCAGAUGGGAAAUUCUCCAGCACAGCUUUGGUGACCAUUCUUGUCCGAGAAGCUCUGGACUCUGGUCUCAGCUUCACUCAUAGCCUUUACUCUUCAUCUAUUCAGGAGAAUGUAUCAAAUAUCACCAAAGUAGCUGUGGUCAAUGCUGUUGGAAACCGUCUCAAUGAACCCUUGAAGUACAUCUUGUUGAAUGCUGGCACACGCUUCAGAAUACGUCCAACUUCUGGUGUAAUCCAGACCACAGGUAUACCCUUUGACAGAGAGGAGCAGGAGUUCUAUGAACUGGUUGUUGAGGCAAGAAGGGAGCACGAUCGUCUGCAUGUGGCAAGAGUUAUGGUUAGAGUUCAAGUUGAAGACAUAAAUGAUAAUGCCCCUGUGUUUGUUGGACUUCCUUAUUAUGCAGCUGUUCAAGUAGAAGCUGAGCCAGGAUCACCCAUUUUCAGGGUCAUGGCAAUAGACGGUGACAAAGGGAUUAAUGGAGAGGUGUCUUACUAUCUCAAGGAUGACCAUGGUCACUUUGAGAUCAACCAGCAGACAGGUGGUCUCAGCCUCAAGAGGGCUUUUGAGUCUGACUUGUCCAAUAUGGAAUACCAGGUGGUGAUAUAUGCCAGAGAUGGUGGUUAUCCUCCUCUCUCAUCUACCAUAGAGUUCCCUAUCACGGUAGUCAACAAAGCCAUGCCUGUCUUUGACAAAUCAUUUUAUUCUGUUUCUGUGAGUGAGGAUGUGGCUGUGCACACACCUAUUCUUGGCAUCAAUGCCACUAGUCCUGAAGGUCAGAACAUCAUCUACACUAUUGUCGAUGGAGACCCAUCUCUUCAGUUUGACAUUGGUUUUGAUACUGGAGUCAUAAGUGUCAUCCACUCUUUGGACUAUGAAGCAGCACCAUCCUACCAUCUGACCAUCAGAGCCACAGACUAUCUGACUGGUGCCCGGGCUGAGGUUGAUGUAGAUGUAGCUGUCCAGGAUGUUAAUGAUAACCCGCCUGUCUUCCAGAAAAUGUCCUACAGAAUUGUUUUGUCUGAAACAGCCAUGAUUGGAACUCCAGCACUUCAAGUUAUUGCCACUGACAAAGACUCAGAGAAGAACAAUCUUGUCCGCUACCAGAUCUUCUCAGAUGUGCAUAACAGCACAGACUACUUCCACAUUGAUAGCAGCAGCGGAUUAAUCCUGACAGCACGUAUGCUAGAUCAUGAACUUGUCCAGAAGUAUGACUUCAUUGUCAGGGCCACUGACAAUGGCUUCCCUCCAUCGAGUAAUGAAGUAUCAGUCACAGUUGUGGUGAAUGACAUGAACGACAAUCCUCCAGUUUUCAACCAGCUACUAUACGAGGCCUGCGUGAAUGAGUUGGCACCUAGGGGUCACUUUGUAACCUGUGUCCAGGCAUCAGAUGCUGACAGCUCGGAUUUUGACAAGUUGGAAUACAGCAUUUUGUCGGGAAAUGAAAGAAUGAACUUUGUCAUGGACAAAAAGACAGGAAUUAUCACAUUGUCCGGCCACCGUAAGCAAAGAAUGGAGCCUGUCUACAGCCUUAAUGUUUCAGUGUCUGAUGGGGUGUUCACCAGCACUGCGCAGGUUCAUGUCAAGGUGUUGGGAGCCAACCUUUACAGUCCAGUGUUUGGACAAAAUCUGUAUGAGGCAGAGUUAAGAGAGAAUUCCGCUGUGGGAACCAAAGUUAUACAAAUAAAAGCAACAGAUGCAGACCCUGGAGUGUUCGGGCACAUUACUUAUUCUUUUGUUAAUGAUGUGGGCAAGGACCAAUUUAGCAUUGAUGCAAAUGGUCAGAUCACCACUGUGGAAAAGCUUGAUCGUGAGGACCCAGCCAAUAAGGACAUUACUCUGACAGUUGCAGCCCAGGACUCGGGUGGACGUGUCUCUUACUGUAUAGUGCAAGUUACUCUGUUGGAUGAUAAUGAUAAUGUACCUUGCUUCCGUGCCACAGAGUACCGAGCUUCAGUCAAAUCUGAUGUUGCUAAAGGUUUUUUGGUGACACAGAUUCAAGCUCAUGAUCCUGAUGAUGGUACUAAUGCAAAAGUGACAUAUUCACUUUACAGUGAAGCACAUGUCCCUGUGGUGGACAUUUUGGAGAUAGACCCAGAUAAUGGUUGGAUGGUGACGAAAGGCAGCUUCAGCCACUUGAGGAACUCUGUAUUAUCUUUUUUUGUAAAGGCUGUGGAUGGGGGAAAUCCAGUCCGGCACUCUCUAGUAUCAGUCUACAUCCAUGUUCUUUCUCCAGAUGCCUUCAUUCCUUCCUUUAGCCAACAUCAAUACUUAUUCAGCGUGCCAGAGGACACCCCCAUAGGUUCAGCCAUUGGGACAGUGCGCCUCAACCCUUCUCCUGGUUAUGCCUCGAUCUUUGCUACCUUUGCUCUGGUUAAUGGAGAGACUGGAGAAAACAACCAAGAUGGGUUUUUCAUAGUAGAAAAGGAUACAGGUGUGAUUAAGCUUGAAAAGCCUUUGGACCAUGAUGUGAUAAAAGGAUACCACUUCAAAGUCACUACCACUGUACAACAGGCUAAACUAGAUUCUGUGACUUCUGUGGAAGUAGAAGUCAAAGUGUUAGAUCUGAAUGACAACAAACCAGCAUUUGAGGCCAACUCUUAUGAGGCCACAGUUAUGGAGGGAAUGUCAGUUGGAACCAGAAUUAUUCAAGUCCAAGCACUUGACCCAGACUCAGGGGCCAAUGGCCAGGUAACAUACAGUCUGGGCACAUUAAUCCAGUCAGAAGGGGAUUCAGACACCUUGGUUGAGACCUUUAGCAUUGACAGCAACACAGGUUGGAUAUCCACAUGCAAGGACCUAGACCAUGAGACCAAUCCAUCCUACACAUUCACAGUGGUGGCCUCAGACCUUGGGGAGACUGUGUCUCUUUCCAGUACCACCACUGUGACCGUGGCAGUGUCGGACAUUAAUGACAACCCCCCCAGGUUCCUGGAGCAACUCUACUUCGGUUCAGUUCAGGAGAGUGACCCACCGGGUGAGGUGGUGGCUGUGCUGAACACAAGAGAUGAUGACAGCUCUGUCGUUAACCGUCAAGUCAGCUACCAUAUCACUGGUGGGAAUUAUCGUGGUGUGUUUGCACUGGGUCUGGUUCAGGGGGAAUGGAAGAUGUACGUGAAGUGGCCGCUGGACAGGGAGGAGCGCAACCUCUACAUCAUCAAUGUCACAGCUAGCGAUGGACUCUUUGUUACCCAGGCAACAGUUGAGGUGACAGUCAUAGACACCAAUGACAACAGCCCUGUCUGUGACCAGGCUGUGUACACUGCCUACAUUCCAGAGGACCUCCCAGCAAACAGUGUACUGCUGAGGGUUGGAGCAACAGAUGCAGAUGUGGGCAUCAGCGCCUGGAUCCAGUACUCCUUACAUGGUCCUGGAUCGCAGGACUUCAGCAUGGACCCCAACACCGGUGAGAUCAAGUCAUCUGUGGUUCUCGACCAUGAGACGACACCCUACUAUCGUCUCAUUGCCCAGGCAACUGAUGGAGGUGGGCGAUGGUGUCGUGCUGAGGUGCAGCUAACAGUUACUGACGUGAACGACAACCCGCCCAUCUUCACCCUGUCACAGUACACCGCCAGCGUCUACGAAGACACCGCCACCAAAGCCUUGCUAACUCGGAUCCAGGCCAUAGACCCUGAUGAAGGUCUGGGACGUAUGGUGGUCUACUCCCUGGCUGACUCUGCAGGAGGGUCUUUCUCUAUCGAUAAGUCCUCAGGCAUCGUGGUCCUGGAACGUGUUCUCGACCGCGAGGUCCAGCCAGCUUAUCAGAUAACUGUCCAUGCGUCUGACCAGGGUUCCCCGCUACCCCUCUUCUCGUUGGUCAAUGUUACUAUCACUGUGCUGGACAUCAACGACAACCCGCCGGUGUUUGAGCGCCGUGAUCAGCUCGCGACAGUGCCGGAGGAUGUUGGAGUGGGCACAGAGGUUCUGAGAGUUUACGCCGCCAGCAAGGACAUCGGGACCAAUGCUGAGAUUACUUACAGCAUCAGAUCAGGCAACGAGCACGGGAAGUUCCACAUCCACCCACUGACUGGUGCAAUUUUAGUUGCCCAGCCUCUGGACUAUGAGACCUGCAGGGACUACUUUCUGACAGUGGAGGCUCGUGAUGGAGGCACACCACCACUGAGUGCCAUUACCACGGUGAACGUAAACCUGACCGAUGUCAAUGACAACGCGCCCAUGUUUAGCCGUGACCUUUACACUGCGGUGGUGUCAGAGGACGCCACCACCGGAGAGUCUGUGGUCCAGGUAGGUUCCAUUCAGUGUCCGCUUCUUCCUGCAGGCACGUGA